GAUCGCCAACUCUUGUAAAUGAUUGUCUUGUAGUUUAACUCCAAACUCAAACCACUUCAGCAAUUUUGGAUCAAAAUGGGACCAAAUAUCCAGAGGUUCUUCAGAGAAAAAUGCUUAAUUCUUUUUGAUCCUUUUAGCCUUCUUUGUUAUUUUUUAAUAAACUCUGUCGAACAAUACCUGAAGAACCUUUUCCUUCGGUUGAAAAUCACUUUUUCUCCUUUUAUAAAUAGCUUGGAACAUUGUAGAGUAUUAUAUAUUCUUUAACACAACUGAUUCGAAUUCUUUAUUCACACGUAUAUUUUGGCAUUAGGCUUCUUUCUUGAAGUGAGAAUGUUUAUAUAUUGGGUGUUUCUAUAACAGUCUCUUUAAUUUCAAUAUGCAGUUCAAUAUGUGAGAGAAAGUUACGUUUAUGUCGUUUGUUGAAUGACUUAGAACUUGAAGAUGUGUCGUUUCUUUUAUGUACAUUUAUUUUACACUUAUUAUUCAAGCAUAUAUUUUCCGGUCAGCUUUUUGAAAUAAUAUUCGAAACUCAAACUAUUAAUUAAAUUUGAAUUUUUUUAUUAUCAAUAUUCCAUCAGUUAUAAAUCUUACGUUGGAUCAAUUUGGCCCGUUUUUAGUAACAUUAGCAUAUUUGAGUAGCAGAGUCUCGACCGCUGUUCUUGAAAUUGACAUAUAGCUAAGUUCACUGCAUUUCAUUCCUUGUUUGUUGAAAGAAGAAUCACUUCUUUAGUUUUCGCAAUGCAAUUUACCCAUUUUGCCUCACCAAUGUGAGGUGCAACUUCGUCAAAAUGGUUUUUGUCCUUGUAAAACACAACUUUUGAGAUCGUUGCUUGAGCUGUAAACCUUUAUAAAAUAGGUCAAAUUUCUGGUUCAAACGAGCGCGUGGUGACUCCUUCAAGUGUUUCUUUUUAUCCUGACACAAACGGUUGCCAUAGAAUACUGCAUAGGAAUAAGUAUGAAGUAUCAGUAUUAUUCGAGUCAAGAUCCUCUGAAUAGCUCACUGUGUCACCUGGGGUGCAUAUACAGAAGUAUUUUCGAUGAAAAAUAAAAGUUACUAUUCUGAUAUCUUCGUUCUUGUUUCUCUGAGUAAAGAGAUAUCCUUUGUAAUGAUCCUGGAGUCUGGCAUGAAGAAAUCGCGUGAAAUGUCGGUCAUGGCCUUCAACUUAUGUCAAAUUAUGACCACUGAUGAUGCAGGUUACAAAGUAUUUUUCCUGGAAGACAUUUCAAUUAUUUCAAGCACUUCAUGGACACAAAAAAUUACUCAAUCCUUACUUUUUCCUUUACUUUCCUUUUCAUUUCCUUCCAGUUCCUUUGCCUCACUAAAACUUUUAUCUCGUCAGUUAUUGCUAAGGUGCCAAGUGAUCCCAUUUUUCUGCGCAUUUUACAUGCCAAAAUGCCAGAUACCUCUAUUACAAAAAACCGAUGGCGAAGUUGCAAUAUUCAUAGUUUUCAAAAAUGCACAUUGUGUGCAAUCUUUAGUAGUUUUUAAUGCACCGAGGAUGUAGUCCAAUUCUACAGAGGUCUUCAUUUCUUGAAAGUGCUCAAUGAUGCGAGAAACCAUUCGCUUACUUUGCCGAAAAUAAAGUGGAAUAACUUUAGCCACGGUGACACUGCAGAACACCAAUACGAGCGGCAGAUGUCCAAGGGACCCUACGUUGAAAAGUGAAAACUGCAAAAAUCUGAGCUCUCUAGACUUGGAUCAGUCCUUCCUACAGAUACCCUAAACCCUAGAUGAACACGUUGGUGCCCAGUUUAUUUUGCCCAAGGCAGCCAUCUGUGUUCAUGAUAUAAAAAAUUGAAGUAAAUUGUGACAAAUAUUGGAACCAAAACGCAGUCAAAUAACGAGGACAAUUAUAAAAAUGGAUUAGAUGUAAGAUUCUGCAUUAAUGUAAUUCAUUUUGCAGAUUUAAAUCGGUAUCGAAAGCAUUAUUCCCAAUACAUUGUUACAUGCCAUCACCCCAACCCCCUUUUUUAAAUUUUCCAUGUCUAAGCGAGUCAGCCAAGAAAUCCAUACUUCUUCCAAUGCGGUGCACAAUCCUUGUACGACUACAAGAUUAGUAGCUGCAUAGAAUUCAUCCCGCCAGCAGAAGCUAGAUGAGUUGACGCAAGUGAGAAGCUUGUGUUGCAGCUUCCUUUCAAAGAAAGGUGUAGGGUCUUCCAAAAGUAAAUAUUAGCAGUCGGAAUUGAGCUCAUGUGCCACCUUGUAGUCAUACAUGGUCAUGGCGAGGUUUAUUUGCAGGCAGAUCUCAUUUGCUGUCGACUGGUCAAGAUGGCGGAGAGUGGGAUGAUCUCUUCUAAGCGUGAAAACUGCGGACCUUGUGUAACCUUGUGUUCCUUUCGUCUUGUAUAGGGACAGGAUUCGUUAUCUCAGAUUAAAAAUGUGCUGGGUAAAAGAUUCCUCUGAGUGAAGGUUGGGCUUGAUGUGAUGGUGGUAUCGCAAACCUGUUACCUUUGUUUGAGGUUAAUGCAGUAUGGACACUUCUGCCCCUUCACUCCAUAGUACGUAAUUGCAGUAUUUUUCUUAAGGACCAUUGCAAUUGAUUUUAAUGCAGUGCAGUUCUUGUAACUGCAUGUUGUCUGAACUCGAUUUUCAGGGACUAGCACUUUCUCAUUUACACGCUAAUGUGAAUUUGCUCAUUUACGCACAAAAAAAAACCAUGGGACAAAAUCUACAGUGUCUGAGCCAUUCAAGGAUAACAAUUUCGCCGAAAAUUGGCUUACUUUUAUGAUUUGUUGGUGUUUCAGUUUACGACAGAAGCAAAACUUUUCUCACCAACACUUUCAGUCAGCCAUUUGGGGGGUUACAAUUUUAAAAGGAAAUCUUCAAAAUUAAUAUUGUCUUCCUGCAAUGACAUCGCAGUCACUGUGCCCCAUUUUUUAUGGAAAGGCACGGAAAUUCCUGAAUGUUAUCGUGCAUUUUUCAGUGAGAGUAACGAGAAAGGGAUCAGAGGUUUUCUUUCAGGGCAGAGGAGUAUAGAGUUGCAAAAACAUAUGUUCCCAAUAAAAUGAAUGUCACGAACCCACUUAAUAGCUAACGUAUUCCUUCCAUUCUGUGACAGAAAGCAGUUUCAAGCUACUAGUUUUGAAAUCAGAGCAGGCAGGGAAACAAUUUGUCAUUUUAGAAGGUUACAGGCCCAAUCCAAGAAUAAUCACACUGAAUUUAAAAUAUGCAAUCAGAAAGAUCACAUCAACAGAGUGAUUAUUGUUGGUGUCUGAACAGGAACACUUGAGUGGUACAAGUAGAAAGACUUGCGGCCAUUACUUUUGGAUAGUAGUAGUUUGAGGGAGUCAUCUCACAAACAUGCCUGAAGGCCCACUUAACGAGCACGUCCUAUCUGACGGGAAGGUCAGACAGGAUAGUUUGACCCUACUGUGACUAUUGAAUGUGUUGACAUUAAAGCAUUUUGUAAAGUUUAAAGUCUUCCAAUAGAAAAUAUCGUAGUUAUAAAUGAUAGACAGCUCCCUGCUGACUGCUGGGAGGGUCAGCAUGAAAAUCACACUUUCUGCACCUAGCGUCAGCAAUGAAAAGACAUUCAUGUUGCUGGCAGCUUGUCAUGUCUUCGACAGUGACCAAUUUGUUUAAUAAAAAAAAUGAUGCGUCGAAUAGACUGCGCAUCCCGUGACUUACAAGUCAAACAUCGGCCACCAAUCAGAGGCCAAAUUGUGUAGCCUACAUGUUCAUCAAGUCGCAUGGUUUUUUAUAGCGGAUUUCACAACCACUGUAGAAUUCGUCUUCAACACAACUGAACAUUAAUCACUACGACGUCUGAUACAUGCAUUCUAUCACCUGAUACUUUGACAGUCUCUAGCAUGGUAACAUUUCGUACUUUCUUUUAGCGCAUGAUGUGAAUAAUUAUGAAGCCGUAAGAUUGCUGACAAUUUCAUUUUCCAUUUGGACUAAGCAGACCCUGACCAAGCUACAAAUCUGCUUUUUCUGGUAACUUCAUCUGAAAAAAUGGGCUUAAAUUUCUUCAGUCGUCCGUGGGCUUUCGGCUUGUGCUUUGCCCUUUUCACCUGCUUCCAAGUGACCGUGGGGCUGUACAUUGCUGGCGUCCUCACCACCUUGGAGAAGCAGUACCGGAUAACCACCUCGGUAGCUGGAUUGGUGCUCUCCACCAGUGACUUCGCCAGUCUCGUCUCGAUCCCUUUGGUGUCGUAUGUCGGCGACACAUGGCACAGGCCACGCAUCGUCGGCGUGCUAGGGGUAAUGACGGCAGUCGGUGGGUUCUUGAGCGGGGUCCCGCACUUCUUAUAUCCGGCUUACAGAGAUGGAGACACCCUGCCAAGUGGCAACAGCACAGGUUCCAGCGUAUUUGUUUGUGACGCGACGAGAGAGGAUGAAACAUGUUCUGCUGACGACAUCAGUCAAUCUGGCUCCAGGAUUCAUGAGAUGUGGGCUUUAUUGCUGGGUCAAGCUCUCAUGGGCCUGGCCUACGGACCACUGUUUCCGAUUGCUCUGACCUAUAUUGAUGAUCAAGUUAAAGGGACAACCACACCCUACUACAUCGCUGUUUUCUUUACGGCUGGUACAAGCGCUACCCUGGUCGGGUAUGGAGAGGGUUUCCUGUUCCUAAGCUUGUUCGUCGACUGGCCGCAGCAGUACGACGGCACCAAGGAGUGGCUGGGCGCAUGGUGGAUGGGUUUCAUCGUGACCUCAGUCAUCAUGUUGAUCCUUUCCAUUCCUUUCUUCUUCUUCCCGAAGGAGAUGGAUGUGGAAAUAAAAGAGGAAGACAUCCCAAAGGAGAAGUUAGCCUUGGAAGGAAAAGGCGAUAAUAAAAUCUCUGCCAAAGAUUUUCUCAUAGCAUCCAAACGACUCGUCACUAACCUCGUGUUCAUGGCGCUGUUGGUAGGAAGUAUCUUCGAUCUGGCGAUAGCUGCUUCCUUCGGGUUCUUCCUGGCAAAAUUUCUCCAGAUUCAGUUCAACAUACCGGCAGCUCAGUCUUCCUUAUUCGUUGGUAUUAUCAUUACGCCUGGGGCCUUCCUUGGCAACAUUUUUGGUGGAUUACUGGUCAAGAAGCUCAACUUGGAUUCCAAAGGAUGCGGCAAGGUUGUUCUGACACUCGGUGUGAUAAGCAUGUGCUUCGUACCAGUCGUAUACUUCCUUUCAUGUCCCGAACCAACUUACGCCGGCAAUAUGAACGGGGUAAUCAGCACAACCAACCCGUGCAACGAAGAUUGCAAAUGCUCCGCCGGGCGAUAUGAACCAGUUUGUGGCCAUGACGGACUGGUAUACGCCACACCGUGUUUUGCUGGCUGCACUGGGAAGCAAGAAAAUCAGACAGACGACCCUAAUGUCAAUCUCACGGUCUACACUGGAUGUUCUUGUAGCGCAGCCAAUGCAACAGACGAGUUCUCAAGACAGGCGAUAGCGGGUUCUUGUGAGCAAACAUGUAACAUGGUGUAUUACGCUGCAGUUUUCCUCUUCUGCCUCGUCACAGUUGGGACGCCGGCCAAGAAUCCCUUGCUCAUGAUGACAAUGAGGAGUGUUGGAGACGAUAAGACCUACGCUCUCGGAAUACAGUCUCUGUUUGGUCGAGCUUUAGGGUUCCUACCAGCUCCGCUGUACUUUGGUGCUGCGAUCGAAGGCGCCUGUAUUCUAGACCGAAUCGAGUGUGGCGUCGCUGGUGAUUGUCUCAUCUACAACACCCAGCUCUUCCGCAUAAUCUACCUCGGAACCUUCUUCGGCUUGCAAGUUGGAUCGUGGAUUUGCUAUGUAGCUGCCACGGUGGGAGUGUUCAGGAAUUCCCGGAAGGAAAAGGAACAGGAAGACCACGCAGAAGAACUUCAGGAUGGUGCCAUGCAGAGCGGGCUCAACGGAAACUACAACAAAGGCUACGAGGUCGACUGCGAGGUGGGGACACAGACUGAUUUCACCAGUCUGUGAUCCAAUCGUGACCCCUCAGCUUAUCAACCUGCUCAAAGGCAGCUUUUACAACAAUGACCCCUGCCCUGGCCAAUCAACGACAUGCCAUGUGCGUAAAACUAAAACAGAUAAAAAUCUGGGCAUCGUGAAAAGUUUCUUCCAUUGAUUUAGAGGUGUAUUCCCAAAUAAACAUCACAAAACAAGCACAAAUGAUUAGGAUUUAGACCAACUGACUGGCUUCCACACGUUGCAUUUUUUGAAACACAGUGGAACACGCCAAAAACAAAAUUCUCAUCAAAGAAGCUCAAAAAAAUUGAUUGUUAAUGUUGUUCAAAUAACAAAGAAAAGUUGAACUCAAGCAAAAUCUGGUACAAAGGUAUAUAAAGUGUCGAUGGUUUUGAAACAAUUUAACAAAAUGUUAUCAAAGCAAAACAUCAAUCGUAUCUCUCCAACACCAGCGCCGACGAAAAAUAUGGUUUGGUAAAAGCAACAAAAAAAUCAGUCACCGUUAUUUAGAAAAUGUUGCAUGAGACCGUUAGCAGGGCAUGUUAUUUCGAAUGUUUACCUUCUUGUAUUUAAUGUAUACCUGUGAAGAAAUAUAUCUGGGUUGGAUUUUAAGUAGGGCCUUACGGCCUUUAGAAUAAAUCUUACGGUGCUUGAAAGACGAUAUUUUCCUAAGAGUUGGUAAACAGAUUGCUCACGGGUACCUGAAUGAGGUUUUUAUUUUAGGCUCAACCGAACAAAGUGAAUAUUGAACCAAUAAAAAUAAAAUAAAGAAUAAUUCAAUGAUUCGUUAACCGCCAAAGCGCGUUAUAAAACUUCACCUAACCUCCAUGCAUAACCACUUAGUUUGAAUCUAAAUUUUAACCCCGCGAGGCAAUCUGAAUUUUUACUCACACGGUCUCGGGAGCGGACUAUUCCGUUGAGUCCGUUUCAAUUUUCAGGGUUGCAGAGCCCUGCGUCCGUCUUAAAGGUAUAUUAAUGCACCAAAAGUACAUCACAGUACCGUGGGGGGCCGUUUUCCCGGGAUAUUCCAAUUUAAAAAGGGCCUCGCCACGCGCCAGCCAAGCCAUACCACCACCACAACACCCCCAACCAAAAUAACACUUCAGAGACAG